GUAGCCUUGCUCAUGACAAAAUAGUCUUUUCUCACCAGAGACUAAGAGGGAGGGUGGGGAUCUGAAUCAACUGAUCUUAGCUGUCGUGCAUUGGAUUCCUCCGCCACCGGCCACCUCCCUCGCCGCCGCGAACUCCGCUCCCGGUUUGAGUGAUCCGAUCAAGUACUUGGAAGUCUGGAAUCACACAUCGAGACUCAGUAAUCCCAGUCAUGUCCCUCAACAUGAAAAAAACCUUCACCCAAGCAUUGGCCAAGGCCUCGGCCGUGAUCGAGAAGACCGUCCAGACCACCGUGCAGGAGGUCACCGGACCGCGGGCCUUGCAAGACUUUGACCUCGGAGAUCAGAUCGGCUCUGCCGGACCUGGCCUCGUCUGGAAGCUGUACUCCGCCAAGGCCCGAGACGGACACUCGGUAUAUCCUAAUGUCUGCGUUUGGUUUCUCGAUAAGCGUGCUCUUUCCGAAGCUCGGCAACGGGCUGGGCUCUCGAAGACCAGCGAGGACGCGUUCCUUGAUAUGAUUCGAGCGGAUGCUGCACGGCUUGUACGGUUGAGGCACCCUGGAGUGGUGCACGUGGUGCAGGCCCUCGACGAGAGUAAGAAUUCCAUGGCCAUGGCAACUGAGCCAUUAUUUGCUUCUGCGGCCAAUGUGCUUGGGAAUUUGGAGAACAUUGAGAAAGUGUCCAAGGAGCUUAAAGGAAUUGAAAUGGGAUUGCUAGAGGUGAAACAUGGCUUACUUCAGAUGGCAGAGACCUUGGAUUUCCUUCACAACAAUGCCCAUCUAGUUCAUCGGAGCAUAUCACCUGAGACUGUCCUCAUUACCGCAAAUGGGGCUUGGAAGCUUGCUGGUUUUGGCUUUGCAAUAUCCGCUCAAUCAUCUAGUGAUCCAUCUAACUUUCAGGCUUUCCACUAUGCUGAAUAUGAUGUUGAAGAUUCUAUUAUGCCCCUUCAGCCAUCAUUGAACUACACUGCACCUGAAUUGGUUCGAAGUAAGGCACAUUCUACUGGGUACUCCUCUGAUAUUUUCAGUUUUGGGUGUCUCGCCUACCAUUUGAUUGCUCGAAAGCCUUUGCUCGACUGUCACAACAAUGUCAAGAUGUACAUGAAUAGUUUGAAUUACUUAUCCAGUGAGGCUUUCUCCUCCAUACCAAAAGAGUUAGUACCAGACUUGCAAAGAAUGCUGGCUACAAAUGAGGCUACCAGACCAACCGCUGUUGAUUUUACAGGUUCAUCUUUUUUUCGAGAUGAUACUAGGCUGCGUGCUCUUCGCUUCCUAGAUCACAUGCUUGAAAGAGACAACAUGCAGAAGUCUGAGUUUCUAAAAGCAUUAUCUGACAUGUGGAAAGAGUUUGAUCCUCAUGUACUUCGCUAUAAGGUUCUUCCUCCACUUUGUGCAGAGCUUAGAAAUCUGGUGAUGCAACCUAUGAUUCUACCUAUGGUUUUGACUAUUGCAGAAUCUCAGGAAAGAAAUGAUUUUGAAGUAUCAACCCUGCCAGCUCUUGUUCCUGUGCUAAUUAGUGCUUCAGGUGAGACAUUAUUGCUACUUGUGAAGCGUGCAGACCUUAUUAUUAACAAGGCUAGUCAAGAUCAUUUAGUAAAACAUGUUUUACCUAUGCUUGUGCGGGCUUAUGAUGACUCCGAUCCACGAUUGCAAGAAGAAGCCUUAAAGAAGACCGUGACCCUUGCUAAGCAACUUGAGUCCCAGUUGGUAAAACAAGCAGUUGUGCCUCGUAUUCAUGGGUUGGCACUCAAAACAACUGUUGCUGCUGUGAGAGUCAAUGCCUUGCUAUGCCUGAGCGAUAUGAUACACUUACUGGAUAAGCAUUCCAUUUUGGAUAUACUGCAGACGAUUCAACGGUGUACCGCUGUUGACCAUUCUGCCCCAACUUUGAUGUGUACCCUUGGUGUUGCCAACUCUAUAUCGAAACAGUUUAUGGAAGAAAAGAAUAGGAUUAAGAAGGAGAAAUGGGGAGGUAAGAAAUGGAAGAAAAUCGGGGAUGGAUAAACCAAGUUGGUGUUUAAGAGAUAUUGCGAAAUUCCUUGUCGGGUAAGUUCCGACCCGCACGAAAGGCGUAACGAUCUGGGCACUGUCUCGGAGAGAGGCUCGGUGAAAUAGACAUGUCUGUGAAGAUGUGGACUACCUGCACCAAGACAGAAAGACCCUAUGAAGCUUCACUGUUCCCUGGGAUUAGCUUUGGGCCUUUCCUGCACAGCUUAGGUGGAAGGCGAAGAAAGCCUCCUUCCGGGGGGGCUCGAGCCAUCAGUGAGAUACCACUCUGGAAGGGCUAGAAUUCUAACCUUGUGCCAGGACCUACGGGCCCACUCUUAUCCUAACUUGGGGUUUGAAUCUAGAAUUUAAUUAAGAUAUGACACACUUAAUCAAAUAUCUAGAACCUAAAACUCACACUUAAGAUAACCACCCUUAAGAUAUAGAAUUAGGAAUUUGGCUAAAAUAGCAUCACACUAUUUUAUGAAUACUCAAAGAGUAAAGGAUUUUCAAUGUUCAAAGUUGUCUUACAAUAGCCAUAGGCCUGAGUUAUA